GCUGAUUGAGUCCAGUCUGGGCAGUGUCGCCACCAAACUGAACUUCUUCAUCCACAAUCUGGCUCAGAUGAAGUUCACGUCAUCAGAGGACCGGCCCACCCUGUCCUUCGCUCCCAGGGUCCACACUGUGAGGACUGAUGGUGUCAUCAGCAACCUGUACAUCUGCAGACACAUCCGCACCAGUAACACCAGCAACACCAGCAAGGCCUACAGCUUUGUGGUGAAAGUGGAGCGUGAGGGUCAGCAGGAGGUGCAGCUGGUCCAGAGAACCUUUGAGGAGUUCCAGGAGCUUCACAACAAACUCAGGCUCCUCUUCCCCUCCUCCAAUUUACCCAGUUUCUCUAACCGGUUUGUGAUUGGUCGUUCUCGUGGCGAGGCGACGGCUGACAGGAGGAAGGAUGAGCUGAACGGCUACGUGUGGCACCUGAUCCACGCAGCCCCAGAGGUGGCUCAGAUCAUUCCAGAGGAGCUGUGACGCCACGUCUGACAC